AUGGAGAUCGCCAUGGUCACUAGCACUACUCUCACAAACGUGAAUUAUAAUUGCAAUCUAAGAGCUAAAGAACUGGCGUUCGACAAAAUCAAGAAGUGUGUUGAUAAUGUGGUUCAUGGAAAGCGGGGUAGUGAUGCUCCACAACGACAGCAGAUCGUACUGCAGGCGGUGUUUGGGUUGGAUGACAUUACUACGAGGUUGAAGGCUUUGGUGCUAGAAGGACAGGAGAUGGGGCCUCGAGCUGUUGGUAUCUGGGGCAAGGGUGGAGCAGGCAAAAGGCUGUUGGCGCAACGAAUACACAACGACCGACAAGUCCAACAACAUUACAAAACGUCCAUCAUCUGGCUCACCAUCGGCCGAGACGCAUCAAUCAACGCACUGUACGAGAGCAUGAGCAACACCCUCCAGGCCUCACUAUGGAUGUCCUCAUCGCCCGAAGUCUCCAGAACCACUCUCUACAAUGAGCUUCUCAGGCGCAAAGUCCUCAUCUUGGACGACCUGCUCCAAAGAGCCAACGCCGCAGAGUUCGUGGUAUUAUGCUUGAACGAAGAGGACAGUUGGAAACUCUUCUCUGCGCAUGCGUUUGGAGGAGUGGGCAAGUGCCCGAAUGAGCUGGAGACCGUUGCAAAGUUGGUUGCUAGGGAGUGUAAAGGUUUGCCUUCGGCGUUGAAAGGCAUUGGCGUUGCGAUGGUGGGGAAGACGCGAGUGGGUCAUUGGAACCUCGAUUUGCAGAAGCUGAGAGACUCUUGCGUGCUCGACCAGAAUGUUGAGGUGCAGCUUUUUCAUCGCAUGAAGCUGAGCUAUGACGAGCUUGAUACUAUUGAUUCUCGUGCCAAGUAGUGCUUUGUUUACUUCGCUGCGUUUCCGGAGUAUGCAACUGUUGAUGCACAGUACCUCUUAUGGUACUGGAUUGGAGAAAAACUUGUGGGAGUGCGCGGGGAAGAUCCCACAGAAGAUGCAUAUUGUCUAUUGGGGAUACUUAUUGACAGGUCUCUCAUGGACCUAAUGGACUGUUUCAUGUUUGCAAGGACCUUCAAAUUCAAAGUGCAUGAUGUCCUCCGAGACUUGGCACUCUACACAUUGGAAUAUCGUAUCCCACCCCACAAAAGGGCAUGUUUAUUGCGUCCUGACAGAGGUUUGACAAAUUUUCCUCAAGAGUGGUUGACUCAACCCUUGGAAGCCAAAAGGAUAUCAUUAAAAGAGCAUGAGAUCACCACACUUCCUGAACAAGUUCAAGCAUCCCAGUUGCAGACAUUGAUCCUUGAAGGCAUGGUGGGAAAUUUCGGUGAAGUGAUGGGAUUGGUUGCUAUUCCAAAGCAGUUUUUUGUUACUUUAAACAACAUAAUGGAUUUGGAUUUGAAUAUAUGUGAUUUGAAAAUGCUUCCUGAUAGCAUUGGAAAUCUUAAGCUUUGA